AUGGAAGAGUGGCUGAGCAACUUCAAGGAGAUCUUCGGAGUCAUCCGCGCGCUGAACCCCUUCAGAUUGACCGGUGCCAGCCGCGACUACAUUGUGGUGGCUUCUGACUCGGGGAGGAUAGUGAUCCUGGAGUAUGACGGCACCAAGAACAUGUUCGAGAAAGUGCACCAAGAGACUUACGGCAAGACGGGCUGCCGCCGGAUCGUGCCCGGGCAGUACCUGGCCGUGGACCCCAAGGGCCGGGCGGUGAUGAUCGGCGCCAUCGAGAAGCAGAAGUUCGUCUACAUUCUGAACCGCGACUCCGCGGCGCGGCUCACGAUCUCGUCCCCGCUGGAGGCACACAAGAGCUAUACCUUGGUCUACGCCAUGGUGGGCAUGGACGUGGGAUUUGAGAACCCGCUCUUCGCCAGCAUCGAGCUCAGCUAUGAGGAGGUGGACAAAGAUCCUCACGCGGAGCCCCCGCAGAAGAUGCUGACGCUCUAUGAGAUGGACUUGGGACUGAACCACGUGACGCGGAAGUUCGCCGACGCGGUGGACCACUCCGCCCACGCCCUGAUCGCGGUGCCCGGCGGCGUGGACGGGCCCUCAGGCGUGUUGGUGUGCUGUGAGAACUGCCUCGUCUACAAGAAGCAGGGCCACCCGGACGUGGUCUGCGCCAUCCCCAGGCGCUUGGAAAUGGCCCAGGAGAAGGGCUUGCUGAUCGUGGCGCACGCCACGCACAAGCUGAAGGAUUUCUUCUUCUUCCUCAUCCAGAGCGAGUACGGAGACCUCUACAAGGUGACCCUGACACACGACGAGGACCUGGUCUCAGAGGUGCAGGCGGGAUACAUCGUGGUCUCCUUCGUGGAUGUGACGUUGGUGCUGUCCAUCGGAGACACCGUGGAGGAGGUGUUGGACAGUGGCUUCUUGGCCACUGCUCCUUCCUUGCUGAUUCAGCUCAUGGCGGAUGACUCCUACGUGCAGGUGCACCCGACGGGUAUCCGGCACUUGCUGCCGCGGCGGACCAACGAGUGGCGUGUGCCGGGGCAGAAGCGCAUCGUCACAGCUGCGGCGAACGAGCGUCAGGUGGUCAUUGCCUUGUCGGGCGGAGAGAUCCUGUACUUCGAGAUCGAUGAAAGCCACACGCUGAACGAGGUGGCCAAGCGAGACAUGAACUAUGAGGUGCUUUGCAUCGCGGUGCAGCCUGUGCCGGACAACCGGCAGCGUGCCUCCUUCAUGGCAGUGGGAGGUGUGGACAACACCAUCCGCAUCCUGUCCCUGGAGCGGGAGCGUCCCCUGAAACAGCUCUCCGCUCAGGCGCUGCAGUCCCCGGCGGAGAGCGUGUGCCUGCUGGAGAUGAAGAACCUGGGCCAGGCGGAGGAUGUGCACAGCCUGUUCCUGAGCAUCGGCCUCAGUAGCGGCAUCCUCAUCCGAUCGGUGGUGGACUUUGUCACCGGCACCCUGAGCGACCAGCGCUCUCGAUUCCUGGGCGCCAAGGCAGUUCGGCUCCAUAAGGUGGCAGUGCAGGGCAUGCCGGCGAUGCUGGCCCUGAGCACCAAGCCCUGGCUGUCCUAUAACUUCCAGGGCAAGAACCACUGCACACCGAUGAGCUACGAGCAGCUGGAGUUUGCCUCCUCCUUCGCCUCCGAGCAGUGCCCCGAAGGCUUCGUCGCGAUCUCCGGCAACACGCUGCGCAUCUUGGCUUGCGAGCGUUUGGGCGAGCUCUUCAACCAGACGGUGAUGAACCUCUCCUACACGCCCCGGCGCUUCGUGCCUCUGCCGCCGGCGGUGCUGCCGCCGCCAGGCCAGCCCACCACGGAUCCCAUCAUGUUGGCGGUACUGGAGGCGGACCACAACGCCUACAACGAGGAGACGAAGCGUGAGAUUAGGGCCGCCCUGAAGAAGAUUCGCCUCACGAAGACCGUGGACGACGAGCUCGACGACGUGAAGGAUGAGGACGACGAGGACCUGCCGGAAGCGCAGGUGGGUACCUUCAAGGCGGGUGAAGGCAAGUGGGGCUCCUGCGUGCGCAUCGUCAAUCCGUCCACUCUGACGCCGGUCUUCAAACUGGAUCUGGAUAUCGAUGAGGCAGCGCUGUGCUUGACGGUGUGUUACUUCUCACAGCUGGCCAACCAGCCCUGUCUGGUGGUGGGCACUGUCUACAACAUGACGCUCUACCCGCGGCACGCGCCCAAGGCCACCAUUAAGACCUACAUGUACGAUGAGCGGUACCACCUGCAGUUGAUCCAUUCUACGCCUUUGGACGACGUGCCCUUGUGUCUCUUCCCCUUUGAGGGCCGCUUGCUGGCGAGCGUGGGCAAGAACCUGCGCAUCUACGAGCUGGGCAAGCGCAAGCUGUUGCGCAAGUGCGAGUACAAGAACAUCCCGGAGGGCCUGAUGUGGAUGCACGUGAAGGGUGACAAGAUCUUUGCGGCGGACCUUAGGGAGUCCUUCCACAUCUUCAAGUACCGGCGCUCGGACAACCAGCUCUUCGUGCUGGCGGAUGAUCAGGCACCCAGAUGGACGACCUGCUCAACUGUGCUGGACAGCAUGACGAUGGCAGGCGCAGACAAGUUUGACAACUUCUUUGUGUGCAGAAUACCGGAGGAGGCGCGCGGGGACGAAGGUGGUGACCAUACGGGCUUGCGUCUCAAGGCGGACACGGCGUACCUCACCGGAGCCACGCCGAAGUUGGAUAGCAUCGUGCAGUUCCACGUGGGCGACACCGUCACCGCCCUGGAGAAGACCACCUUGGCCCAGGGCGGCAGCGAGCUGAUCUGCUUCUCCACGCUGCUAGGCGCGAUCGGGGCCUUCUACCCCUUUGCCGGCAAGGAUGAGUUGGACUUCUUCCAGCACCUCGAGAUGUUCGUGAGGGCUGAGAAGCCGCCCCUCUGCGGGCGAGAUCACAUCAUGUACCGCUCCUACCACUUCCCUGUCCAGAACUGUGUGGACGGCGACCUUUGCGAGCAGUUUAUGACGCUCACAGCGGAGAAGUCGGGAUGCUAA